UCAUGACUAUUGUGGAGAUCAGGUGGCCACAAUGGCAACCCAUUAUGAACAGUACUGAGCUGGUCGUGCCGUGGAUCACUGGUUGGUCACUGGUUCAUCACUUUGCAGGAUGUCCUGACAGAGCUCCAUCCCGGUGGAAGAUGUGUGUCAUAGAGACAGUCCUGAGCUGGUCGCGCCGUGGAUCACUGGUUGGUCACCGGUUCAUGAUUUUGCAGGAUGUCCUGACAGCUACAUCCCUGUGGAAGAUGUGUGUCAUAGGGACAGUCCUGAGCUGGUCGCGCCGUGGAUCACUGGUUGGUCACCGGUUCAUGAUUUUGCAGGAUGUCCUGACAGAGCUACAUCCCAGUGGAAGAUGUGUCAUAGGGACAGUCCUGAGCUGGUCGCGCCGUGGAUUACUGGUUGGUCACCGGUUCAUGAUUUUGCAGGAUGUCCUGACAGAGCUACAUCCCAGUGGAAGAUGUGUCAUAGGGACAGUCCUGAGCUGGUCGCGCCGUGGAUUACUGGUUGGUCACCGGUUCAUGAUUUUGCAGGAUGUCCUGACAGAGCUACAUCCCAGUGGAAGAUGUGUCAUAGGGACAGUCCUGAGCUGCUCGUGCCUAGGAUCACUGGUUGGUCACCGGUUCAUGAUUUUGCAGGAUGUCCUGACAGAGCUACAUCCCUGUGGAAGAUGUGUCAUAGGGACAGUCCUGAGCUGGUCGCUCUGUGGAUCACUGGUUGGUCACCAGUUCAUGAUUUUGCAGGAUGUCCUGACAGAGCUCUACAUCCCUGUGGUAGAUGUGUGUCAUAGGGACAGUACUGAGCUGCUCGUGCCGUGGAUCACUGGUUGGUCACCGGUUCAUGACUUUGCAGGAUGUCCUGACAGAGCUACAUCCCUGUGGAUAUGUGAGAUGUGUGUCAUAAUUGCCAGAUGAGGAUUGGGUGGGGAUGCUCUGAUGGUUCACAUCUUCGCAUGUGCUUUCAAUCACUGGUUUUGCAUGGACCAGCUCCUAUAGCUGGAGUAUUGCUGACUUAGGUGUUGAACAAGAUUCAUUCACUGAUGUAGCCAUAGGUAAUAAAGCUGUUAAUUUCAGGCAACCGUAACAACUGGCCAUUGGUAGGAGGCAUCAUAUCCACUCUGAGACUGACCACAUCACAGUGAUACAGUUUAAGGAUGUGACACGUGAUGCAUGUUAUCCUGCUUUUGCCUGUCAGCAUCUCACCCCAGGAUGUUUCAUACUGCAGCCUGCUCUCAUUCCUUCAUGAAAAGAACAUGCAAAGUUUAUGAAUAGACCAUGCUGUUUAGAAAGUGGUCAGAUGUAACAUAUAUUUGGGAUUACAUAUUCAUAGUAAAGUACAAAUUCUAGUACUUUUUUGGUGGAGUCUCAACCAGGAUCCGAACCCACACUUCUCAGAGUAAGGCAACUAAUUGCUGGCACACAAAGUCCGCAAACCUCACCCACUCCUAAGUGUUGGUUUGAAUCCUGGAAAAAAAGAAAAAUACUAUUAUUAUAAAGAAAGUGUAAUCCCAAAUUUACCUUGUUGAAAUAUUUAGCUGUCAAGCUUCCAAUAUUGCGAUUUCAUAAUAAUGAUAUGCUUGGUACACCCAACACUGGUUCAUGGCCCACAUGGCUUUUAUGGUACCAUUAUACCUUGUCUUCAUGUCUUAUGGUAGGUCAGUAUUAUUAUUGCUGUUGGCUAUAUUGUCCAAUUUGUCUUAUUUGGAUAACUCUUGUUACGCUUGAUUUUAUUUCCCCUCUUGUACUCUGCAGUUAAACAUCCAAUGUUAACUGGGAGUAAGUACCUGGUGCUCUGAAUCUGACCUGAUUGGGGUUGGAAUACGAUCACCUGUCUUUCAGUUAAUGUAGGGAGAUUUUUUCAUUGAAAAGCAUAUCCUAUUAUUCUGUAUGAUUCAGUAUUGCAAUGCUAGCACCCUCUUGCUCAAUCCAAUUAAUGCAACAAAUAACCAAUCCUUGUAACCCAUGGAGCUAUCUAUGUUUAUUUUUGCAUCAGACGUCAAUAGUAUUGUAGUGUUUGGCCUAGAAUAGUUCAGGCUGACCUGCCUAAAAUAAGCUGUGAGACAGUGUAUUCCAUCAUUCUCAGCAGAUAUCAUUGCCACCUGCAACUAAUACUGUGAUGCUUGUCGUCAUUCCCGAAGGUUCUUUAAUGUUCCUGCUGCUUGUCUGGAUGUGCACAUGUUGCUGCUGCUUGUCUGGAUGUGUACAUGUUCCUGCUGCUUGUCUGGAUGUGUACAUGUUCCUGUUCUGGAUGUGUACAUGUUCCUGCUGCUUGUCUGGAUGUACAUGUUCCUGCUGCUUGUCUGGAUGUGUACAUGUUCCUGCUGCUUGUCUGGAUGUACAUGUUCCUAUUCUGGAUGUGUACAUGUUCCUGCUGCGUGUCUGGAUGUACAUGUUCCUAUUCUGGAUGUGUACAUGUUCCUGCUGCUUGUCUGGAUGUGUACAUGUUCCUGCUGCUUGUCUGGAUGUGUACAUGUUCCUGUUCUGGAUGUGUACAUGUUCCUGCUGCUUGUCUGGAUGUACACGUUCCUGCUGCUUGUCUGGAUGUGUACAUGUUCCUGCUGCUUGUCUGGAUGUGUACAUGUUCCUGCUGCUUGUCUGAAUGUGUACAUGUUCCUGCUGCUUGUCUGGAUGUGUACAUGUUCCUGCUGCUUGUCUGGAUGUACACGUUCCUGCUGCUUGUCUGGAUGUGUACAUGUUCCUGCUGCUUGUCUGGAUGUGUACAUGUUCCUGCUGCUUGUCUGGAUGUGUACAUGUUCCUGCUGCUUGUCUGGAUGUGUACAUCUUCCUGCUGCUUGUCUGGAUGUACAUGUUCCUAUUCUGGAUGUGUACAUGUUCCUGCUGCUUGUCUGGAUGUACAUGUUCCUAUUCUGGAUGUGUACAUGUUCCUGCUGCUUGUCUGGAUGUGUACAUGUUCCUGCUGCUUGUCUGGAUGUACAUGUUCCUGCUGCUUGUCUGUAUGUGUACAUCUUCCUGCUGCUUGUCUGGAUGUACAUGUUCCUGCUGCUUGUCUGGAUGUGUACAUGUUCCUGCUGCUUGUCUGGAUGUACAUGUUCCUGCUGCUUGUCUGGAUGUACAUGUUCCUGCUGCUUGUCUGUAUGUGUACAUGUUCCUGCUGCUUGUCUGGAUGUACAUGUUCCUGCUGCUUGUCUGGAUGUACAUGUUCCUGCUGCUUGUCUGGAUGUGUACAUGUUCCUGCUGCUUGUCUGGAUGUACAUGUUCCUGCUGCUUGUCUGGAUGUACAUGUUCCUGCUGCUUGUCUGGAUGUGUACAUGUUCCUGCUGCUUGUCUGGAUGUGUACAUGUUCCUGCUGCUUGUCUGGAUGUACAUGUUCCUGCUGCUUGUCUGUAUGUGUACAUCUUCCUGCUGCUUGUCUGGAUGUACAUGUUCCUGCUGCUUGUCUGGAUGUGUACAUGUUCCUGCUGCUUGUCUGGAUGUACAUGUUCCUGCUGCUUGUCUGUAUGUGUACAUGUUCCUGCUGCUUGUCUGGAUGUACAUGUUCCUGCUGCUUGUCUGGAUGUACAUGUUCCUGCUGCAUGUCUGGAUGUACAUGUUCCUGCUGCUUGUCUGGAUGUACAUGUUCCUGCUGCUUGUCUGGAUGUACAUGUUCCUGCUGCUUGUCUGGAUGUGUACAUGUUCCUGCUGCUUGUCUGGAUGUACAUGUUCCUGCUGCUUGUCUGUAUGUGUACAUGUUCCUGCUGCUUGUCUGGAUGUACAUGUUCCUGCUGCUUGUCUGGAUGUGUACAUGUUCCUGCUGCUUGUCUGGAUGUACAUGUUCCUGCUGCUUGUCUGUAUGUGUACAUGUUCCUGCUGCUUGUCUGGAUGAAUACAUGUUCCUGCUGCUUGUCUGGAUGUGUACAUGUUCCUGCUGCUUGUCUGGAUGUACAUGUUCCUGCUGCUUGUCUGGAUGUGUACAUGUUCCUGCUGCUUGUCUGGAUGAAUACAUGUUCCUGCUGCUUGUCUGGAUGUACAUGUUCCUGCUGCUUGUCUGGAUGUACAUGUUCCUGCUGCUUGUCUGGAUGUGUACAUGUUCCUGCUGCUUGUCUGGAUGUACAUGUUCCUGCUGCUUGUCUGGAUGUACAUGUUCCUGCUGCUUGUCUGGAUGUGUACAUGUUCCUGCUGUGUGUCUGGAUGUGUACAUGUUCCUGCUGCUUGUCUGGAUGUGUACAUGUUCCUGCUGCUUGUCUGGAUGUCUAAAUCUUCCUGCCAUAUGUCUGGACACAUACAUGUUUAGCCACUGCCAUGUACCAAAUUCCUGCCUAUGAUUGUACCCGCGGACGUUAAAUGAAGAAAACUUAGUGCAUUUAAUACAAAUUAGUGUUCACCUUUCAUAGACGAUACGCAGGUAAAUUAAGCUUGAUGCAUCUUUUAUAUAUCUAUGAAGAGCCAAUUUACUCGAAAUAUUAUUAAUGAGUGUAAAGCUAUUUCCUUGUCGUACCUCUUUCAUUAGCAGUCUUUGCCAAAAGCAUUUGAGUCUACUAACCUAAACCGUCACUUGUUAUCAUUUUCGGUAGAUCUUAGUAUUAAUGUAUUGACAUUUAUUAGCAGAGAUUACUUGCCCGAAAAAGAUUUAACCAGACGGACAAGUGGUGAAAGUCUCAGACUGCAUUAUGUAAAUAUAAUAAUAGUAGUAAACUAGAAAACACCAAUCUACACAACUCUCUGCAUUAUAUUUUUACGAAAGUUAAACUGGUUAUGGGAUUAUAUAAGUAACACUGAUUUUCUUUCUCACAUUUACUUCAUAAAUAAAUAACAUGUUAAAUAAUUAACAUCUCUUUGCGUGGAAGAAAUGUUCGUCAAUGUCAUAAUUGUUGAAUCACAUGUUGUGAAGAACCAUUUGCUUUUGGAAGCAAAUUCUGUUAUUUUCUGACAAAAUAAUAUAUAAUUUUAUUAUGGACUUGUUAAUGAAUGCUGUAUCAAGUACAAAAGACUAUUUUGUUGACUGCAUGUACUAUACAGUCAGUGUUUCAAAUUAUAUUGUGGUAAAAGUCCAGGAACUGGUUCUGUUGGCUUUGACUGUUUCUUCAAUAAAACAUGCUUUAAUUUUC